AUUCUACAUACUUAUUACCUAAAAAACUAUUUCAAAAAAUUCGGAAAAAUCACCCCAGAAACCCAGGGAUAUUUUUAUUCCCACCACAAUUUUUCGCUUUCCCCCCAACCGGAAAGUCGAGAAAACGGAGACCCGAAACGCAUAACCUUUAACCCGCGUCCUUGCUCCUGUUGCCUGGCAGUACCCACACAAACACACACUCGUGGAAACAGACACAGACACAGAGGUCCUUGCUGGCAACCGCGUUGUCAACUGCUUUAUCGAUAAGCUUGCUUGUGUUUUGGGAACAACAACGGAACCGGCUCAGUUGGCAGGCCAUUGCAGUGACGAGCGGAGGUCCUGCGAGUGGAGGACAAGCCGCCAAGGAGCCAAGGACCACUAGCCAAGAUCUAGAUCAAGUCGCAGCAAAAUGCCGCCAAAGGGGAAAAAAGGAAAAAAGGGCAAAAAGUUGCCAGUGCUCAUCGAUGGCGUGGACACUUCGGCGAUGACCCGGGACCAGCUGGAGGCGUUCGCCCUCCGGCUGAAGGCGGAAAUGGAUCGGGAGAGGGAGGAGCGCAACUACUUCCAGUUGGAGCGGGACAAGAUUCGCACCUUUUGGGAGAUCACACGGCAGCAGCUUGAUGAGACCCGCUAUGAGCUGCAGCAGAAGGACAAGGAGAUCGAGGCCACCCAGGACUUGGCGGACAUCGACACCAAGCAUGUGAUGCAGCAAAUGAAGCACCUCCAGUUCGAGAAUCACAACAAACUGGGCGAGGUCCGGGCGGAGGCGAUGACCCAACUGAAGCUGGCCCAGGAGCACCAUGUCCUCCAGGAGAACGAGCUGCAGCGGGACAAGCGCCAGCUCCGCAGGAUGCUCCGCGAGAGGAUGGAGAUGAGCGAGAUGCAGUUGCGCCAAAUGGAGGCCCACUUCAAUGAGAAGCUCCUGGAGCAAAGGAUAACCUUCGAGCGGGAGCGCAAGGACAACGAGAUGCUGCACGAGGAGAAGAUGAUCGAGCAGAAAUCAAAGCUGGACCUGUUCUACGGGACGCAGAUGUUUGAGGUGGAGGAGCGGAAGAACCAGCAGAUCAAGGACCUGCAGGACCACCACGACCUGGCCUUCAACGACAUGAAGAACUACUACAACGACAUCACCCUGAACAACCUGGCGCUCAUCGGGAGCAUGAAGGAGCAGCUGGAGCACCUGAGGAAGCAGGCCGAGCGGUCGGACAGGAUUGCGGCGGACACGGCGUACGAGAACCGCAAGCUGAAGGAGCCGCUGGAGCACGCCAAUAUCCAGUUGAAUGAGUAUCGUCGGAAGCUGGAGUUCUACGAGAGGGACAAGCAGCAGCUGCACCGCCUGAAAGGACGAAACACUCGGCUGGAGAAGAAGGUCAAGGGACUCACCUGGGAGGCGGAGACUCUUAUACUUCGCAACGAUUCCCUGGUGUCCGAGAGGGAGGGCCUCAAGGAGCGCUUCAACGACGUCAUCGUGGAGCUGCAGCAGAAGACCGGUCUCAAGAACGUCCUCCUGGAGAGGAAGAUCGCCGCCCUGAUGCGCGAGGACGAGAAGCGCAGCAUCGUCCUGCACGAAACCAUCGCCACCUGCGCGCCAAACUUCGCCGAAAAACUCACCAGCCUGGACGAGCGGGUCGGCAACAUCAUCGAUGAGAAGAACAAGAUUAUCCUGGACUUGCGCUACGAGGUAGCCAAGGCCAGGAAGGCCCACGACGACCUCCUGGAGACCUACGAGUGCAAGCUAAAGCAGUACGGAGUGCCCACUGAUGAGUUGGGCUUCAAGCCCCUCAGGGAUCGGGAUGGGCAGCAGCUCUAUGUCUGCGGGCCUGCGGGCAUUAUUACGGAGAACAAGUAGGACUCGUAGCUCAAGGAUUCAGGGGGGAAAGCCUGGAAAGCACAAGGAGACACCGAAAGACAGGACUCGUUUCAAGGAGAACAGGAAAACACUUUACCAAGGUCCUGCAAGUGAGAAGACUUAAAACAAGGAUGAGAGGAGGAGGAUUCUUAAGGGAUUGCUGAGGACACAGGACCUGGAAUCAUUUCAUCUUUGAGGAUAAAACGAGACAUAAACGGCACUAUUUUUUUUAACUAGGAUGAUAUAAAGUAUUCAAGUUAAGGUAUUUAAGUAUUUAAGGAUAUUGAAGUUAACAGAAAAUUGGAACACGCAACUAUUUAGAAAUGGCGAGCAAUUUAAAUUUAGAAAAACUCUUGCAGAAAUUACGAGUUAAUUGAUUUAUAAAAAAAGUAUAAUACCUUAAACUAACAAAGGAUACAAAAUUUAAGACAAAUCAACGAAAUACUUCUAAGAAUCAGGAUAAUAUGCGAAAAAUAUAUCAAAAAUAACAGAGAUAAUAUUUUUGGAAAUACUUUAACAAAUUUGAAAUGUAGUCUUAUGGUGAAAAAAUUUAAAAUAAGACUCAAAGAAAGAUACAAUUUCAACAAAAAAAAUCACCAAAGUAAAUUGUUUUAUCAGCACUUUAAUGAGUUGUGAUUCAAGAAAAUAAAAUUAUACAUAAAAAAUAACUCAAGAUUAACAUUAAGAAAAGAGAAUAUCAUAUUACAAGCGAGUUUUAAAGAAAGUGAACUCUUCAGAAAUAUAGAAUAGGAAUUGUACCAGAAGACAAGACUAGAAGACAAAGCUUGCAGAAAAGAAUUUGAAAACUUCGACAGAGCCCGAAUCGCAAUCGGUCCAAUAGCCGCCCAGUGAAGACCAGAGAAAUUGUUCAAAUUUGCUUUUUCGAAUCAUUCAGAAUUUAUUCAACUUUAGCCUAGAUUAGUGUAUAAGAAGUAUGUAUACGUAUAUGUAUAUGCUUAUAAAAACCUUCUGGAAUACGUUAGCAAGGA